UUGAGGGUGAGAGAGCACUAGCAGCGGCAAUACAAGAAAGGAGGUGCAUCCUAGUUUAUAGAAAAUUUUUUAUCAAGAAAUGGCUCAGCUGCAACAAUCUUCUUCGUCUAAGCCUCUCGAACAUUGUAAUGACUCCACUCAUGUUCAGCAACUCAAGAACGGUGUUCUUUAUCUCAAAGCUUCAAAUCUAAAACUCGAAGGGAACUGGAACAAACAUGGUACUUAUGCUGAGUUACUGGAGAGCAGCAUAUUUAAAGUCAGCGGACAAUGUGGGCUGCAAGGACAUAUGUAUGUGGGGCAUGUGGUGAUCGGGCUGACCCGUUGUCAUGCCAUGGGAAAAGUGAAAAUUGAGGCCAGCUCUCCGAAGCAAGAGUCUGAAGAGGACUUGACAAGUAACAAACCAGGGAUUCUGGCACGCCUUGAGAUCGGCCUCUACGGUGAUGAACAUUUCGAGUUUUCCCUCACCAGUGCUGAACCAAGCGGGAAGAUACAGAAAGGCCUCAUCAUAUAUGGCAUUACCUUAACUCCGGUGAAAAUUUAAUCAAAUUGAAUAAUGCAGCUAGCCAUGAGUGUGUCAAGACCAUGGCCUACACCUCUAAUUUCAUCGUGCCUGUAAUGUAAUAAAUAACAGUCUGCUGAAGCUAAGCUGUUUGAUGUGUUAUGAAUAAAAACCAUGACUACCAUUAGGUAGGUGGUUCAGUCUGUGUGCUGUAUUAUAUAUGCUAUUGAACAAUGUUUGAUUUAA